CGAUACUCUAGUUCGUUGCGUCCUCGCCGAGUUUUGAGUAUGCAUGAUAGUGUUUGGUCUCGAGCAAUAGGUCCAGUGGACAUCUUCUAUGACUAUUUGAAGAAUUCGCCACACUACUUCCCAGAUGACUCUCAGCCCAGUGGGCAAGGCCUCAUUCAGUUUGCUCUUGUAGAAAUGAAUUAUGAAGUCAUUGAGCUACUUUUGGAGUUAUGGGAAGGGAUAUUGGCUGAAAAGAGCUUACCCAGGAGAGUAGGAUACUCCGCAGCUCUAAUACUCCGAUUGAACAUAGCCCACAAUGAAAAGGAAAUCAGCCUGCUCAAUCGGCUAAUUUUACUGUCGAAUGAUGGACUGCAAACAACUGAAACAAGGCUUCAUAGGGCAGUCGUCGGGGGGGAGAGUAUCCAUGAUGUGCUGCAAGAUGAACCUUGGUCUAUCAACAUGCUUGGCCCGACGGGUAUUGCACCGAUUCAUAUGGCUGCCCGGUUGGAUGAUGUUGCAGCACUCGACGAACUCAUAUCUUCGGGAGCGGAUGUCAACCUUAGAGACUACCAAGAUGCGACGCCGCUGAUAUUUGCUGUCUCAUCGGACAACCCAAAAUGCAUACAACGCCUGCUGCAGGCCAAAUGCAAUUUGCACCUCCAGGAUGAGCAAGGUUGGACAGCACUGCAUUAUGCGGUGUUUUAUAGCUCAGCUGAUGCUGUCAUGAUGCUGCUAGUUGCUGGCGCGUCCAUCUCAGUGGCAGAUCAACUCGGCGAAUUGCCGGUGCACAAAUUGGCAAUAUCACACAAAGAAACGCAGGACAAACUCGGCCACCUGCAAAAAACUGCAGGCUUCGACCUCGAUGCAAGAGACGAGAUAGGGUGGACGGCAAUGAUAUCUGCAGUGUCAAGGAACAAUUUAUCAAUCCUGCAUUGUCUUGUUGGUGCUGGUGCGUCACUCCACGUCGUCGACAACAGUUCUCGAAAUAUUCUGCACCACGCUGCCGGGUUCUCAAAGGCGGAGAUGUUGAAUUAUCUGACUAGCCUAGCGCUCUCGGGUAUUAACACCGAACUUCCAGACACCUGGGGAAAUAGUCCAUGGGCUAUCAUGCAAUUCACCAUUCACACGCCUCGUUGGACCCUCGGCAAUUGGAGACAACCCGAUCUGAACGACCUGGAAGCAUUCGCCCGACUCUACACGGACAUCCGGAACAGGAAUCUGGGUAUUGACAUCCAUAUUAUAGAAGAAGUCCUUCAAGCUCUGUCAGAAAGGGAUACCGAGACUUCACGAGCGAAACUGGCACAUUUGAUUCGACAAAAGGAGGAAUGGAAGCGACUCGAUUUGCUGCGGACAUUUCGGGCUGUUGAUGGGCAAAUAAGGGUAGGUGAAUGGGAAGCAGCCUCGUAUGCUCUCGAAGAUGUCAUUGAAGACAUGGAAGAAGAGAUGGAGAUCUCGCCUGGAGAAUUGAUUGAAUGGUGGUGUCCACAGCCGGUAGAAAGUGAGGGGGGCGAGGAUAAUGGCAAUGAAGAAAAAGACGAACAAGAUGCACACAACGAAGACGACUCGGGGUCUGACGGAGAGCCUGUCGUGUUUGACAACGAAACCGCCUCAUCGCACGCCAAUCACUCAGAGGAUGAGGUAGCAACCAGCGAGAGGGACUAACUAUCAGCCAAAACACUGCUUCGACACCGCACGUAUCACCAAAUUUAGAACCCCAG